AAACGUAAUUCCUCCCCGCCACCAGACCAGUUUCCGCCCUUCUGAGAGAAAAUACUCCGCAUGUGAUUCAUUGACGACAGCAGGAAAGUUAAAAUAUAGCCUACAAAAAGAAUACAAUCGGAUUUAACUUUUGCGUUAUCGCGGAUUCUACACUGGAAAACCGGAUAGAGGUCGGUCGCAGUAGUCAGGAGAUGGUUGAAAUGAGGAUGAGCUGAACUCGAGCUGGUGCAGUUACGGUCCCUCCGCUGAAAGCUCGACGGCAUCAUCUAAUUCCUUAUCUAAGUGGUAAAAUUAUUCAGAGAGAGGGAAAUUACAUUUAAUCAUUCUGAAUUUUGAGAACAAUUGACAUGUUCAAAUAGUAUCAAUUGUCAUGCCCCAACACAACCCCAAGGGGGCAGCACUUUCCCAGGAAAUAAGUGACUAAAUCAAAACACUGUUCAUUAUGUUCUUUAGUUUUUCAAAUGCAUUUUCUGUUAUUUCUCCGGGGCUAUCUGGAGGUUUUGGUGUAAAUAUGACGCUCACAAGCACUUUUAUAUGCUUGGAGUGAAUGGAGUGAACUGAAUAGCCUACACAAAUAUUUAAACGUUGCUUUAGUCCUUAGGACUCCAGUCACUUUAAUUAUUGAGCGAACGCUGCCCUCUUGUGGUUCCGUUGAAUAAUUACAUCAGGGUAAUAUUUUCACAGGUAAAUGUCAAACAGAUGGAUAGGAGCUAAUAAUCUUUGUGUCAAACUGUACAUUCACCUGGGAAAAUGUAGGCCCUAGUUUGUUGUAAUCCCUCAAGAGAUCAACGAAGUGUUUUUUUUACAGGGACGAGCAAAAAUAACAUGACGUUUUAAUAGAUGGGUUAGCUGGAAAUGUCACGGAAACAAAUAUGCACGUUUCUAUGGGGGGCAGAAGUCAGUGUGUUGUUGUGAUUCUGGAUGGCCAGAUUGCUAGCAAGAAUGAGAAGUGCCAUGUGGGGAAUCGUAAGUGGCUUGUUCUUGAUACCAUGUCCCGUUUUGACAGAUUUCAUGUUAAUGCUAAUAUGACCUAAAUUCUCAAGCUAGUCAACAACUGUAACGAUGUAUUUGAGAGACAAGUGCUCAUUGUGCACAUGUAUUUCUGUUUUUAAUAAACAUUGAAUUCGAAAUAGAGUUUACAUGUUGUCAGCAAUGUAAAGCCAACCCCGUGUGUUUUGCCCUAUAGUUGUGCAAGCGUUGAUUUCGUUGCAAAACAACCAACCCUUCCAUACCUGCGAGUUUUGAUUUGUUUACUUUGUUAACGCUGCACUGGUGGUUUGUUGAGGAAUUACAAGAGUUUCGCAAGUGAGAUCGUCACAGCUUCACCAUGGCUCGCGGCUGCCUCUGCUGCGUCAAAUACAUGCUGUUCCUUUUCAACCUGCUCUUCUGGUUGGGGGGCUGUGGUUUGUUGGGUGUGGGAGUGUGGUUGUCUGUGUCCCAGGGCAGCUUUGCCACCCUAUCACCAUCCUUCCCCUCCAUCUCUGCUGCCAACCUCAUCAUCACCCUGGGUGCUGUCAUCAUGGUUACAGGCUUCCUGGGUUGUCUGGGUGCCAUCAAGGAGAACAAGUGUCUGCUGCUGAGUUUUUUCAUCACGUUGUUGGUUAUUCUGUUGGUGGAGCUGAUCCUACUCAUCCUGUUCUUCGUAUACACUGACAAUGUGAGUGAGAACGCCAGACAGGACCUGACAGAGGGACUUACUCUGUACAGCACCAACAACAACGCGGGCCUCCGCAACGCCUGGAACACCAUACAGACAGAGUGGCAUUGUUGUGGGGUGAAUGUGUACACAGACUGGCACACUGCCCUGCAGGAGAAGGUGGUUCCUGACCACUGCUGCCAGAAUAUCUACCAGGACUGUGGGCGCAAUGCCACCAACCAGUUCUGGACACAGGGUUGCUAUGAGAAGGUGGAGGAGUGGCUGGAUGACAAUAAACACCUGCUGGGAACCAUCGCCAUGUGUGUUCUGGUCAUACAGCUCCUGGGUAUGGCCUUCUCCAUGACUUUGUACCAGCAGAUCCACCGAUCUGGGAAGAAGUACGAAGCUUAGAACACACACACACAGUUUGAGACCCAUUACUUGUAUACAAAAUUAUACUCUAAAAAGACACACACAUGCCACAAAACAGCUUUUUAUUUAGUGUUUUGUAUUUACACACCCUUGUAUCAUUUUGUGCACAAAGGCAAUAUUGUUUUUUAAUUAUCAUCUUUAUCAUUAUAAUCAGUGUUCUUGGCUGGGAUUCAAUCCGACCGCGGUUUGUCAACAAUGCACCGUAAAUGGGUUAUUCCACAAAUAAAGUGCCAACAAUCAGCAUUUGGACAUUGUCCCUCGUUAUGUUUUUCCAACUUCUGGGAAGAUUUCAACCAACUUCACCCCAAAAUUCCUCCAUGUUUUCAACAUCAUUGAAAUUCUACUGUAAAAAGUUGAACUAGUUAUGUUGUUGCUUUUGACAGUUUUUUCUGAAGGUUAUUAUUUAUGCGAUUUCAUUUGUUUUCCCCUCAUUUUAAGGCCAACCCUGUUACGUAAACCUGACUCUUUAUAUAUAUAUAUAUAUAUAGUGAAACUAUUCCUUUUUAAUAUUUUUUUUCCAAAACAAACUGUCAAAUCAGUGUAAAAGCAGGUGAGCUGGUUCUAUUCUUUUUGGUAAUUUUCUAGUGUUUUGUGGUUAAACUGAGCGUGUUGAUUAUAACACGUCAUACCCGUUACCCAGAGAUUGGAUUUGUUAAAACAUUUCUAGCCAAACGUGUUGUGAGGCUUGCAUUUAUUUUCCCCUCCCUGUUGCACACAAGUGUCCAUUCCCCCUGUCACAAGUGUCCAUUCCCCCUGUCACAAGUGGAUUUAUGGCUGAUUUCAGAUGAAAACCUCAACCCUUAUAUGGUCAACCCUGUAACUUAAAAGACACUUAGUCAUUUUUUUAUUCAACCGCUUAUGUGAAAUGAGUUUGUUUUGACCAACUGCCCAAAGUGUUAUCCUUUUGUGGAAGGACCCAAAUGCUACAUAUAGCUCAAUCAGAAAUUCCCUUUAAAAGCUGAAUUGUCGACAACCUGCAGUCGGAUUUAAUCCUGGCCCUAGUUCAGUUAUGGGGGGACUAAGGGUGGGGGAGGAAGGGGGGGUUGGACUGUGUGUAUGGGAAUAGGGACACCCCUCAGUCAUCCAGAAUAGAAUGGCUUGAACACAAAAUAGAGUAAUGGGAAAGAGGUUCGAUUUCAUGCCUUAGAAAUCCUUAAACGGAUUACAUUUAUAUUGUAUGGAUUUAUUAUUGUAAAACCAGUUACUGUGAUGUGUUCAAUAAAAGUUAUGCUUAUUCUGUCAAAA